AUGUUUAGGAAACUGCCGCAGGCAAAAGCGGCAGCCAACAUAAAGUCGUCAGACAGACGGAAACUUCUAUCCACGAUAUGUCGAACUUAUAACCUCCCCAUCGACGAAAUCUCCAAGGAAGGGUUGGAGAAAUUGUUGCCGGCAAUCAGCAAAAAGGCCAGUUAUAUAAGCACCAGCACCGGUGACCCUCAUUCCGGGACAAUCUAUUUUGAUGCUCAGGAAGUGCCCACGUGGUUCCAGACUCGCGACUCGCAGUUGUACCCUUCCGUGUUGACGUGUUGGAAAUGUCCCUAUUUGGUGCCUCGAGUCCAGACGCAUCCCCAUGUGAUUGAAGUCUUGGCCAGAGGUGCAAACCUAAUGUUGCCUGGAUCGAUCCCGCCUUUCGACGCGCGGUGCACCAAGCAUGCCGUGGUUGGUGUUGUAAGUAGCCAGGAUCCAACUCGGAUCAUGGCCGUGGGGUUGUGCGGUUUGGACUUGACCCAGUUUGAUAGUGUGUUGGGACGGUCGGGCACUGCGGUGCAGGUCUUGCACCAUUAUGAUGAUGAGUUGAUGAAGUUGAAUAAGGAGGUUGACGUGGUGGUGCCCGAUGUGAUUGAUGCCGAGAUGCCCCGGAUCGAGACUGUGCCGGACGCGGAGACAACCGAGGAGGUAAAGGAGGAAGAGGAACAGCAGCAGGAGCAAGAAGAUGGAGGUGACGCUGGCGGUGACAGUGUGGACGUGGACGCAUUGGAAGAAGACAUGGCCCGGCUAACGGUAGAAGAAAUCGACAACUUCUUCAUCCGUUCGCUCCUCCAAACCAUCAAACUUGAAACUUUUGAACUCCCCAUUUCGGCUUCUACGUUCAUGUCCUCGUACAUCUACAAAAACUUGCCCCUGAUGGAUGCAUCGUAUACCAACAUCAAGAAAACAUCAUGGAAGAAAACUGCAAAGUUCUUGAAAGCAAUGACCAAAUUAAACUAUUUGGACACCAAGGGUAAAGACGAGGACCUCUCGGUAACCAAGCUCAUGUCGAAGCAAGACCCAAAGAUUGAAAACUUUGUUCCUCACAAGAUCAAUAAACCCAAGAAUAACCAAACCGGCAGCAAAUCAUCAUCUUCUUCUUCUUCUUCUUCGCAACAUGCCGCAAUGAAUAUCACCACGUUGUACAAGCCCACUAGCAAAUCACGCAUGUUUUUCAAUAAACUCGACCAAAUUUUUGAUCAACUAUACACUCAAGUCGAACUCAGAUCAAUGUAUGAAACCUAUGUCAAGAAGUUUCAACUUGUCAACCCACAAAACCCCAAAACCAUCAUCUUGGACGAGAUCUUGUCUAAACCAAUAAACAAAGAUCAGGGGUUUGUAAUUGCAAGAGACCAAUUCCUCAAGGAAUUCAUGACCAAUUUCACGCCCUUUUAUGAGGUUCAAAAUGAAGGCCAACGCGAAUUGGGGCGUGGCAUGCCUCCCAAGAUCCACAUUGUGACUGAGCUCAAAAUCGGCAGAAAAGUCGUGACUCGUGUAUCCAACUAUGACAAGUUUUUCAUCAAGCAAGGGGCAUUCGCUGAGGAGUUGCGGAAUAAGUGCUCGGGCUCGUCCACUAUUAUCGACGAUCAAGUCCAAGUGCAAGGUCCACAUGGUGCUCUCAUUGUUGAAAUGUUGAAAAGUAAAGGGGUGCCCAUUUCCUGUAUUGAUUUUGAGGAUAAGGUGAAAAAGAAGAAGAGGAAGUAG